AGUCAGAGAAAGUCGUAUAUCUUCCGGGAUUUCCUAUCGAAGGAUCUUCCGCAGUACCGCACUAUAAUAUACGGGUAUAACUCUAAGCUAUCGAGCUAUAAAGUCGAUACGAUCCUAGAUUACGGGCGGGAGCUAAUAGAGGAGAUCAAGAAGGUCCGGAAUAUAAAGGAGAUAAUAGAGGAAGACCAUCCGGCGAUCACGUCGCUAUAUCGAGCCACGUAUAGUAUAAUCCUCUUUACUAUACUAUAUAAAGGACUAGGGACUAAAGCUAUCCGCGAGAGCGACUACUAUAGUAGAUCUCUACUAGCGGAUUUCAAAAAUCUAAUCCGGGACCGUAAGGUAUUAAAUUCGAUACGCGUAACGCGGCCGGGUAUCGAACGGCGGUCGAUAAACUACGUACCUUUUAAGAAGGACCCGAUGUUUAUAGGCCGCGAAGCUAUAAUUAGUAGCUAUCGAGUAUUCCUACUAUAUACGAGAAUCUAUACCGGACACCAAUACGGCGCGGUUGGAAUAAGGCUACUAGCAGAUUACUAUAGUUACGGAGAUUCUAGGACGGGACGAUCCGAAGAUUAA